UGUAAACGCGGCAACAUAGCUUGGCUAUAACUAGGGUUUCGGUCACGUCCGACUCAGUAUAUCUGGAGCCGACUGUCACUGAUACAAGAUUAGAGCUUUGGUGCUCAACUUUCUAAGCUUAAAAGAGCAGAGGAUUACUAAGGCGAGGAGAAAUGCUAAAAGACAUUGUUAUUGUAUCUGCAGCACGCACACCUAUAGGUACAUUCUGUGGGUCACUGUCAACUCUCAAGUCUCAUGACUUGGGGUGUGUCGUCAUAAAAGAAGUUUUAAAACGUGCUUCCCUUGACCCUUCAGAUGUUUCAGAAGUGAUUUUUGGACAAGGUCUCACAGCUGGUGAGGGUCAGAAUCCAGCUCGUCAAGCCGCCAUCAAGGCCGGACUAUCAUACUCAGUACCAGCGUAUUCUGUAAGCAUGCUCUGUGGAUCAGGACUCAAGUCUGUGGUGGUGGGCAGCCAGUCUUUGCAGGUGGGGGACUCAAGUGUGUGCGUGUGUGGUGGACAAGAGUCCAUGAGUCAGGCCCCCCACUUCAUACAUCUCCGUGGCGGGGUCAAGAUGGGCAACACGACCCUCACUGACCACAUGAUUUCCGACGGACUUACAGAUGCUUUCUUCAACUUGCACAUGGGAGAGACUGCGGAAAACAUGGCUACUCAGUUUGCAAUUUCAAGAGAAGAACAAGAUAAGCAAGCUGUAGAAUCUCAGAGGAGAGCUGAGAAUGCACAAAAGCAAGGUCACUUUGUAAAAGAAAUAGUACCAGUAACGGUAAAAAGCUCCAAAGGAGACAAAGUGAUAUCAGAGGAUGAAUAUCCUAAACAUGGCACUACUUUAGAAGGAUUGGCUAAACUCCAACCAUUUUUUGUUAAGAAUGGCAGUGUGACAGUAGGCAAUGCGUCAGGAGUCAACGAUGGCGCAGCCGCAGUGGUGUUGAUGACAUCAGAAGAAGCUCAGAAGCGAGGACUUUCUCCUCUUGCUCGUAUCGUGGCAUAUGCUGAAGGUGGAUGUGAUCCUAAGAUCAUGGGCUAUGGUCCUGUUCCUGCUGUCAGGCGGCGGCUGGAGAAAGCGGGUUGGAACAAGGAUGAUGUGGAUUUGUAUGAGUUAAAUGAAGCUUUUGCUGCUCAAGCACUGGCUGUUGAAAGAGAGUUGGGAGUCGAUUCCUCAAAGGUUAAUGUCAGUGGAGGUGCCAUUGCUCUGGGUCAUCCUAUUGGAGCUUCAGGAGCCAGAGUUCUCGUCACUUUGCUAUAUGGAUUGCAGCGGACUGGAGGUAAGCGAGGAGUAGCAUCACUCUGCAUCGGAGGCGGGAUGGGCAUCGCUAUUGCCAUCCAGAGGGACUGAUUCUACUGCCUUUCUACCUCCUGUAGUAUCAGAAAAUUCUUUUAAAAGUAUAACAUAUUUUAUCAUAUAAAGUCUUCAUGAUUUGAUUUUUAGGCUGAGGUUCAGGUUGCUUACGGGUAUUUCUUUUAUCAAGUUCUAUGUUGUCAGUGGUGUGAAAGUCUAUCUGAAAUACUCAUCAGAAGUGCCAAAAAAAUCUCAUGAGAUACUAUAGGAAAUCUAAUAUAAGUUAUACUGAGUCCAUACAAAUCUAUUAUAUGCUGCAUUAAGAAGAAGGUGAAAUGGAGUUAAACUCAACAUUCUUCACAAAAAAAAUAAGUUGUGUUUUUUGUAUUUGUAAUGCCCAUUUGACUUAGCAUAUUAAAAUUAACAAUUUGAUUGUAAGACUAAUAAUUACAUUUUUAACAAUGCACUAUAGAACACACUUUGAGUAUUUCAGUAUACUUAUUUUAAUGUUGUCAAAACCAUGCGUAUUGGUUAUGGUUAAUUUCUAUGUACCUUAUUUUCUUUGUACCAAUUACUUAUUACUUUAAUAUCUCAUAUUUUCUUCUUGUCUUUCUCAUACAUAAGUUGAUUUGAUUUGAUUGCUCUAGUAUUAAACUUAGAGUUUGAUUUGUAUAUGUAUAUUUAAUCACAAUUUAUUUUUUUAUUUUAUUAUCUGUUAUGUAUUACAUAAAUAUUAUUUGGAAUUCAGUAUUUAAUCCUAUUAACUCCAAGGAUUAUGGGCCAGUCAGAAACCCUGCCACUAAUACUGGUAGACCUGCUAAACUAUGUUCACCGUUCAUAUGCCUUGAAAACUUAUUUUCCAAACGUCCCUCGUUAUGGGCAUCUAGAGAGCACUAAACAAACAAAAAAUAAUAGUAUUAACAGUAUUAGUAACAGAAAGUAUUAAAAGUACCAUAAUUUAAAUAGUGACGUGGUAAAUGUACUUUGAAAGAUAUUAGAGUACUAAAUGUAAUGUAACAUUAUUUGUAAAAGAUAGUAGUAAUUUGAGGGAUGGUGACCAAUAUGCCUGCAAUACAUCCAUCAUUUUAAAACGCACGCAAAUGAGAGCGAGAUCCAUAAGUUAUUCCAUAAUCAAAUGAAUUAUAAUAAUCAAAAUUGUAUAACUUUCUUUACUUAAUCUAUUGUUAAUCAACUAAUGUAAUUAAGUGAAUUAUUCACAUUCAAAUUGUAAUAUUCUUAGUAAAUCAAUACGAACAGAUCUUUUGCAAGCAGGUUACUUACCAUAUUUCUUUAAUGCAUUUAAACAUACAAUAUGGCAAUUUCAUUUAAUAUUAACAAACUUCAAAUAAUUUAGGAUGAGAUUUUUAUUUUUGACACUAAUUCAGAAUCAGAAAUCAGAAAAUUUAUUUGUCAUUUAACACAAGAAACAGUGCAAUAGACAUCGUCACAGCCUAAGUUAUGAUUUAAACCUUUUCGUAUAAAAUACAAUGACUAGACUACUUUAAAAACACAACAUGUAGCAAUAAAACUUUAAAAGACAUAACAUAUAGACUUAAAAAAUAACAUCAAUGUCAGGCAUAUUAAAAAAUUCUUGUACAUGAUAAAAUGGGUUUUCUUUUAACCAGGCAUAUAACACUCUUUUAAAUCUACUUAUAGGCACAGAUCGGGCACUAGAAGGUAAUCUAUUAAAAAAUUUGAUGCUUAUAACUUUAUGUGAUGCUUGAGUUUUUGCUAACCUAACAUAUGGUAAAUCUAACAGCGCAUUAAAUCUAGUAUGGUAAUGAUGAAAUUCAUUCCUCGUGUAAUAGUCCUGCAAGUUAUUCUUAACAUUACAUAAACAAACAAAUAUAUACAGAUUUAUCACAGUAAGAAUACCUUCUUGAACAAAAAGAGGUUUGCAAUGUGCCCUAUAAGGAGAGUUUGUUAAAAUUCUUAAAGCUUUCUUUUGUAGAAUUAAGAUUCUCUGUACAUCACUGCAGUUUCCCCAAAGAAUAAUACCAUAAGAAAUUAUACUAUUAAAAAAAGCAUGUCUUAUCUCUCAUUAAUAGCAUAAAAAAAGAGCAGUGUAAAGAUAUCUAUGAUAUCAGUAGUGGCCUGUUAAAGAAAGUGUUACCGUGUGUUGUGGAGCCCCUAACAACUUGUGUCAACGAUUGUCUGGUUAAAGGUGUUUUUCCUCAAGCUCUAAAAGUUUCUAAGGUGGUCCCUAUAUUUAAGAAGGGUGAAAGGUCAUCUCCUAGUAGCUACAGACCGAUUUCUGUUGUGCCAAUUUUUUCAAAAAUGUUAGAAACAGUGAUGAAGCACCAGGUGAGUGAUUUUUUUGAGUUGCACUCUCUUUUUUCAAAUUCUCAAUUUGGUUUUCGAGAAGGUAGGUCAACUGUGGAUGCAGUGGAGGGUCUUGUGGUAUCUGUAUUGGAGGGUUUUGAAACUCACUGUAGCACUUUAGCAACCUUGUGCGAUCUCACAAAGGCGUUUGACUGUGUUCCGCACGUGACUCUUCUCAAAAAAUUACAUUAUUACGGCAUAAGUGGUGUGGAGCUAAAUCUUUUUCAGUCUUUUUUAAGCAGUCGCACUCAGAGAGUUUGUAUUGGCAGCAAACUGUCUGAAAUAGUAGAUAUAAAUUGCGGAGUACCACAGGGAUCGGUCUUGGGCCCUUUUUUGUUUCUUGUACAUAUAAAUGAUUUGCCUGUAAAUGUUAAUUGUAAUUCUGUUGUAUUUGCCGAUGACUCAACUUUUUUCUGUAGAAACAAGCUAGAGAUGCUAUCUGGUAUAAUGGAUAAUUAUAUUACUGAAAGUUUCAUUUGGUUUCAGUCUAACGGUCUUAUGCUAAACCAGUCUAAGACUCAAUCUAUAAUUUUUAGUUUAUGUAAUCGUGAAACUGACUUAGGCUUUAAGAUUAAUGAUAGUGUCAAAUAUUAGGUAUAACCUUGGAUUCUAAAUUAGCUUGGAAUGCCCAUGUAAAUAAUGUUUCUGUCAAGCUCUCCAGAGUAAUUUACUUACUUAGACAAAUUAGAAAGCUUGUCCCAAAACAAUAUGUAGAUAUAUUGUAUAUAUAGAGAAUUGUAAAUUAACUGUUAGUUACAGUUAAUCCUGUCUACUCAAGGUAGGAGUAUGUCACACAAUGUGUUGUGUAACAGGCUUAACUGAGGUUGCAUGAAACAUGUUAAGCCUAUAGCAGGAUGUAAAACUUUUGCAGUCCCUCGAGUGAUGUUUCGCUAAUGCUCAACCAAUAAGAUGAAGGUUCUUGUAUAAAGGUUUAAGACCAUUUAGCUUUUACAGUAAGAAGAGGUCUACUUAAUUUAAAUAUACUGAGACAUUUGAUACUUCAUGUUUAGAACUACUCGUGUAUGAUUGUAUUAUUUCUUUGUAAAAGUAUAACUCUAUAUAGAGAGUCCAUAGUAAUAGGUAAUUUUAAAAUUUCUAAUUAUACAUAUAUGAAUUUUGGAAUUAGUUUUUGUUUAUAUAAAUAUAUGAAUUAUUUUUAUUCUAUUAUUAUAUGUGUAAUUAUAAUAUAAGACAUAAAUCUGGUUUUCAAUAUGCCACCCACAGGUAUGUGAAAAGGGGCCUAUGUAUAUGGGAAGAAAAUAUUCAGUGACGUGGGAGAGUACAUGAAAUAUGUGCCUGAUUACAAUAAUUUAAAACCAAACUGAAAUACUAUCUAGUUUUUAAUUUUCUUACAAUUAAUUAAAUAUAAUAUUUUUUAAUUUAAAAUAGAUUUGUACAAUUAGGCCUAGUACAUUUUUUGCUUGUCACAUGUUUACAUACAAUAUAAAUUGUAAUUUUUGUAAACUAAUAUGGUAUAUAAAUCCCUGACUAUAAUGAGAUUAGACUGUUUGAAACUCUACACAAAGAAAAAAGAAGGAAAUAUAAGUAGCAUCUGAUUUUAAUACUGAUAUUUGGAAUCUGAAUAAAAAUUUAAUGAAUGAAUUUCAAAGAAGAGUGUUUAAGGGUUUACUUGAUUCUUCCUAGCAUGUUUUUGAGACAAGACUAGGGUAUUGCAAAAUACAAAAGCAUGCAUAGAUUUACCUUAUAAUUAACAAAUAUAUUAUAAGAAGAAAAAUCAGCUUUACUGAAGAUAGAAUUAGGAGUCACAGAGCUGUCUUAUUUUGUAUAAAAGAUAACAGCAUACUAUACAAAUAAAACAUUUAUUGAGCAAUUUAAUGCUAUUUUAAAUUUGUACUUCCAUUACAAUUUUACACUCUGAAAAAAAUGAAAGAAAAAGAGUUGGGUUGUGGUAUUGUUUGAACUUCAGUAUUGGUGAAGUAUUGUGUUUGUUAGUAUUGUUAUCAAUAAAUAAAUUUGUUAUAAAUUCUCACAGUAUAUUAUAUGUUUAUUAAAAACGCUUAUUUACAUA